GCUGCGGAAGCGGGACUCCGGCCACUCCUUCCGGCGCGUACUGAGCGACCGGCGUUAGGUGUGCAAGUAGCCACAUGGAUCCCUGCAGCCGGUGGCGAAACCUCCCCAAUGGGCCUAGCCUAAAACACCUGACCGAGCCGUCUUAUGGAAUCCCGCGGGAACAGCAAAAGGCCGCGCUACAGGAGCUGACGCGGGCGCAUGUGGAGUCCUUCAACUAUGCUGUGCACGAAGGUCUCGGCCUCGCGGUGCAGGCUAUACCUCCCUUCGAAUUUGCUUUCAAAGAUCAGCGUAUCUCUUUUACUAUUCUGGAUGCUGUUAUCAGUCCACCUACAGUUCCAAAAGGGACCAUCUGCAAAGAGGCCAGUGUUUAUCCAGCAGAAUGCCGGGGCCGAAGGAGUACCUAUCGUGGGAAGUUGACAGCCGAUAUCAACUGGGCAGUGAAUGGAAUCUCAAAAGGAAUCAUUAAGCAGUCUCUGGGCUAUGUUCCCAUCAUGGUGAAGUCCAAGCUUUGCAACUUAUACAACCUUCCCCCACAAGCCCUCAUUGAGCACCAUGAGGAGGCAGAGGAAAUGGGGGGCUAUUUUAUAAUCAAUGGCAUUGAAAAGGUCAUCCGAAUGUUGAUUAUGCCUCGGAGAAAUUUUCCCAUUGCAAUGAUAAGACCAAAAUGGAAAACCAGAGGGCCUGGUUAUACUCAGUAUGGAGUUUCAAUGCACUGUGUGAGAGAAGAACAUUCUGCUGUCAAUAUGAACCUCCACUACUUGGAAAAUGGCACUGUUAUGUUGAACUUUAUUUACCGGAAAGAACUGUUUUUUCUUCCUUUGGGAUUUGCACUUAAGGCACUUGUCAGCUUUUCUGAUUAUCAGAUCUUUCAGGAGCUCAUCAAAGGAAAAGAGGAUGAUUCUUUCUUUAGAAACUCUGUUUCUCAGAUGUUAAGGAUUGUAAUGGAAGAGGGUUGUUCCACGCAAAAACAGGUCCUUAACUAUCUAGGUGAAUGCUUCAGAGUAAAGCUCAAUGUUCCUGACUGGUACCCAAAUGAGCAAGCUGCGGAGUUCCUGUUGAACCAGUGCAUCUGUAUCCACUUGAAAUCCAAUACUGAAAAGUUUUAUAUGCUUUGUCUCAUGACGCGAAAGCUCUUUGCUUUAGCCAAAGGAGAGUGCAUGGAGGACAAUCCUGAUAGUUUAGUGAACCAAGAAGUCCUUACACCGGGUCAGCUCUUCCUUAUGUUUCUGAAGGAAAAACUGGAAGGUUGGUUAGUGUCUAUUAAAAUAGCUUUUGAUAAGAAGGCUCAGAAGACCAAUGUGUCCAUGAACACUGACAAUUUGAUGAAGAUUUUUACUAUGGGACUAGACCUUACAAAACCAUUUGAAUACCUUCUUGCUACAGGGAAUCUGCGUUCUAAAACAGGUCUUGGCCUCCUUCAAGAAUCUGGACUUUGUGUCGUGGCUGACAAGCUGAACUUCAUACGCUAUCUCUCCCAUUUCCGCUGCGUGCACAGAGGGUCUGAUUUUGCCAAGAUGAGGACCACCACAGUACGCCGACUGCUGCCAGAGUCUUGGGGCUUCCUUUGUCCGGUGCACACCCCAGAUGGGGAGCCCUGUGGCCUGAUGAACCACCUAACUGCCGUAUGUGAGGUUGUCACACAGUUUGUAUAUACGACAUCCAUUCCAGCUUUACUCUGCAACUUGGGGGUCACUCCUGUUGAUGGAGCUCCCCACCGACCGUACAGUGAGUGCUACCCUGUCCUGCUGGACGGCGUCAUGGUUGGCUGGGUGGAUAAGGAACUUGCUUCAGGCAUCGCAGAUUCUCUUCGUCAUUUUAAGGUAUUGAGAGAGAAAAGAAUUCCUCCCUGGAUGGAAGUGGUCCUUAUACCCAUGACAGGAAAACCAAGUCUGUACCCAGGAUUGUUCCUUUUUACCACUCCUUGUAGACUGGUACGGCCUGUGCAGAACUUGGAAUUGGGCAAAGAAGAACUAAUUGGAACUAUGGAACAGAUCUUCAUGAAUGUCGCUAUCUAUGAGGAUGAAGUUUUUGCUGGAGUUACCACACACCAGGAACUCUUUCCACACAGCCUGCUGAGCGUGAUCGCCAACUUCAUCCCUUUCUCUGAUCACAACCAGAGUCCACGGAACAUGUACCAGUGCCAGAUGGGUAAGCAAACUAUGGGCUUUCCACUUCUCACUUAUCAAGACCGAUCAGAUAACAAACUGUAUCGUCUUCAGACUCCUCAGAGUCCCUUGGUGAGACCCUCCAUGUAUGAUUAUUAUGACAUGGAUAACUAUCCAAUUGGGACCAAUGCCAUUGUUGCUGUGAUUUCUUACACUGGCUAUGAUAUGGAAGAUGCCAUGAUUGUGAAUAAGGCCUCUUGGGAACGAGGCUUUGCCCAUGGAAGUGUCUACAAGUCUGAGUUCAUAGACCUCUCUGAAAAAAUUAAACAAGGAGAUAGUAGCCUGGUGUUUGGAAUCAAACUUGGUGACCCACGGGUUUUGCAGAAGUUAGAUGAUGAUGGACUGCCGUUUAUAGGAGCAAAACUGCAGUAUGGAGAUCCGUAUUACAGCUACCUAAACCUCAACACCGGGGAAAGUUUUGUGAUGUACUAUAAGAGUAAAGAAAAUUGCGUUGUGGAUAACAUCAAAGUGUGCAGUAAUGACACUGGGAGUGGAAAAUUCAAGUGUGUUUGCAUCACUAUGAGAGUGCCUCGGAACCCAACUAUUGGAGAUAAAUUUGCCAGUCGUCAUGGGCAGAAGGGCAUUUUGAGCAGAUUGUGGCCUGUUGAGGACAUGCCUUUUACUGAGAGUGGGAUGGUCCCAGACAUUCUGUUCAAUCCCCAUGGUUUUCCAUCCCGCAUGACCAUUGGGAUGUUAAUUGAGAGUAUGGCUGGGAAGUCUGCAGCUUUGCAUGGUCUCUGCCAUGAUGCUACACCCUUCAUCUUCUCAGAGGAGAACUCAGCCUUAGAAUACUUUGGUGAGAUGUUAAAAGCUGCUGGCUACAAUUUCUAUGGCACCGAGAGGUUAUAUAGUGGCAUCAGUGGGCUAGAACUGGAAGCAGACAUCUUCAUAGGAGUGGUUUAUUAUCAGCGCUUACGCCACAUGGUCUCAGACAAGUUUCAAGUAAGGACAACUGGAGCCCGCGACAGAGUCACCAACCAGCCUAUUGGUGGAAGAAAUGUCCAGGGUGGAAUCCGUUUUGGGGAGAUGGAACGGGAUGCGCUUUUAGCUCAUGGUACAUCUUUUCUCCUUCAUGACCGCCUCUUCAACUGCUCGGAUCGGUCGGUAGCCCACGUGUGUGUGAAGUGUGGCAGUUUACUCUCUCCACUGUUGGAGAAGCCACCCCCUUCUUGGUCUGCCAUGCGCAAUAGAAAAUACAACUGUACUCUGUGUCAUCGCAGUGACACUAUCGAUACUGUUUCUGUGCCUUAUGUUUUUCGGUAUUUUGUAGCUGAACUGGCAGCUAUGAACAUCAAAGUGAAACUGGAUGUUGUUUAACUUGAUGUUGGCCUUUUGGAUUAGGAGACCUAUCAGAUUAAAGCAAAAUGUAAUUUUA